GGACCCUGGGGGGUCGUACUCUCUAGACUGGAGCCUCCAAACUUAUUUAGAACGCCCAUGUCUGUGCACAGCCGUGGUCUGACAGGGAACCAUCUUGCGAGCUGUGACUCUUUGGGUCCAGUCAUCGCGGCCUGCCGACGUGGCGGGGCGGAAGAGGAGCCGCUGUCUAACAUCAAACUGAUCAUCAUGUCUCAGGCUGCUGACUCAUCCACGGAGCCGUCUGCACAUGCAGACUCCACCAAAUCAAUAGGCCAGCCCCCCCACACUGACCCUGACCCCCGUCGGGAAACGUCAUCAGAACUUUCACCAGCCUCCGACACUCCACAGUCUCCUGACAGUCACAGCCUGCUGCAGUCAACUGAGGACAAAAGCACAGAGGGUGACACUGUUACCACCAAGGCUCAGGCCUCGGACGUUCUGACAGACCAGGAGAGCGAUGCACCCACUGAGGGUCAUGUGAUCGAAUGUGAUCAACCUGUGAGUCUGGAGAAUGAGUCAGAGGCUGCAGAGGAAGAUCUGGAGGGAUCACAUAAGGAAAUAGAUAAAGGCUGGGGAGGCUGGAGUUCCUGGGGAAAAUCUCUCCUGAGCAGUGCCACAUCUUCAGUGGGUCAGAGUCUGACCUCAGUUAAGGUGAAGGCAGGAGAGGCUCUGCGUCUUCACAAAACUUCAGUGGGAGAGGAGGCACAGGAAGAAGAGGAGGAACAAGAAGGAGAGAUGAAGAGACAGGAGGGAGAAGAAGACUCGUCUGACCCCGUGGAAUCAAACAGUCAAAGCGCUGCAGCCCAGAGCAGAGGAGUGUUUUCAACUAUAACACAUGCUGUACAGAACACAGGCAAGUCAGUCAUCAGUGGAGGUCUGGACGCCUUGGAGUUCAUUGGAAAGAAGACAAUGACCGUCCUGGCUGAGAGCGACCCAGGUUUUAAAAAGACCAAGACUUUGAUGCAGAAAACAGCUUCACUCAGUCAGAUGUUGAAGGAGGCCAAGGAGAAGGAGCGUGCACGUCUGAGCAACCAGCCCAUCAGUGCACCCACAGCCCACUAUGGUAUUCUCUUUGACGACUACCAGGGCUUGUCUCACCUCGAGGCCCUGGAAAUUCUGUCCAAUGAGAGUGAAGUUAAGGUCCAAGCCUUCCUGUCUUCACUGACGGAGGAGGAGCAGGAGGAGGUGAAGAGAGACCUGAUUUCAAUCAAAGACAUUUUCAUCAAGCAAGAAGAAGAGGAGGAGAAGGAAGAAGAAGAAGAAGGAGAAGGAGGAAAAGUCAGGGAACAAACACAGGAUAACGGUGAUCUAAAUUCACAAUUACACUGUUCUACCCCCCUCUCUGCUGAUGGAGAGGAGUUCUUGAGUGUUCUUACUGAGCUGCUGUUUGAGCUCCAUGUUGCUGCAACACCAGACAAACUUAAUAAGGCUCGGAUGAGAGCCCAUGAUUGGGUGAGCAAGGUGGAACAACCUGUCACUGUGAAGACAGAUGGAGUGAAAACACACGAGCAGCUGGAAGGACAGGCCAUGUCUGUGAAGACUGAAGAGGAGGAGGAGGGGAGGGAGAAGGAUGGGGAGCCAGAGGAGGGGAUGAAGGAAGACAAGAAUGACUGCAGAUCCGUAGAGGCUGUCUACCUGUCCUCAGUCGGCAGUCUGGCAGAAGUGACAGCUCGCAGCAUCGAGCAGCUCCACAAGGUGGCAGAGCUGAUUCUCCAUGGCCAGGAAUUAGAGAAACCAGCCAGAGACCAGGCUCACAUUCUCACCAGGCUGACCUGCGCCCUGCGGAGGGGAGUGGAAUGUUGUUUGGCCAAGAAGUUUUCUGAUACGCUGCUAAUUGUUGGGGCUCAGAGGAAAGCAGAGGAGUUGAAUCCACUGGUGGACCGUGUCCUCCUGGAGGGCUCCAACAGUAACAACUACAUCCACAAUGCCUUUCAGCUGCUCCUACCUGUCCUCCAGAUUUCCCACAUCCACAGCCAACACUGCCAAAGCAGCACAGAAGCAGCAGAGCAGACGCAGCAAUAACACACACGCAUACACACACACACACCUACUGGCCGAUCACCUGCUUGUCCUAAUGUAUGUGUUAAUGUACAGUGAGGUGUAGAGGAUUAGACUGCCCCAGGUGAAGUCCUAGUGUAUGUAUGUAUGUGCUGCAACAUCAGAGGCAGAAUAUAUUUAUAUUUGCAGAAUAUAAUCCUGGAGGUAAAUAUUAAAUUGACAGGAGCAUGUGGAGUCACGUACAGUACCGUGAUGUAUGGAAGUCCAUUCACAUUCACACACGUGUGUUUUCUGUUCCUCUAUGAAUGUUAUUUACACUCUGCUUUGUUGUUGAUAUUUUUUGCUUUGAGGAACCAAAAGAAGUUCAAAGCAGUGAUUGAUUAUGACUGAAAGAAAAACAAAUCUCUAUAUAGAACUGAACCAGAUGUCAUAAUGACUCUAUAAUGUACAGAGAUCUCUAUAAAACAGUAGUGAGGUUUGUUUACCUUCUGUAAGUUCUUUAAAAAUAGAUGUAGGUAUAGAGUGUUAGUAAUUACACACUACAGUUUCUACUUUAUUAUUGUUUCAUUCACUGAAGCAGCCAACCGUAAACUGUCCUUCCCCCAGACUGACACUAAAAUAUUUCAUAUAUCUUGUUUUUUUCCCAAUUUAGUUAAUUUCCCUCCCUUUUUUGUGUAAUGAUUUUUUCUUAGUUUUUUGUCGCUGUGCUGCUACAUUGAAAAUAUAUAGAAAAUAAAGGCAGAAACCCUGAUAGAAUCUUAGAUGAAAAAGACGGAGGCUUCACAAAUAUUUUCUCCCUCUGGAAUAUAUUUUACCCUUGAUUCUUAAAGGUCUUAAUUUCCAAAAUACAUUAAAUAUGUUUCCCUCUCAGA